AUGCCAAUUAAAUCAUUAGAAUCAUAUUUGUUUGAAAGGAAAUUGGUCAGCACUGGAUCAAUAGAAAUCCUUCAAAAUGCCACAAUUGGAAUUGAUGCUGAACAUUAUUUAAGUAGGAUAUAUACUUCUAAGAAAGAACAAUUUUUAUCAGCCAUUGGUGGUAUACCAAGUUCAUUAAAAGAUUAUAUUCAAAGUGAUUUAAAAGUAUUUCAAGAAUGUAAUAUUAAACCAAUCUUCAUAAUAAAAGGUUUAAAUAUCCAAUCACAAGUUGAUGACUUAAAAGUAAACGAAUUAUCUUCAAAUGAACAACAUUUAUAUACUAGUUGGAAUAGAAUUAGUCAAAAAGAUAAUAAUAUUAACAACAAUUUCCCUGGGGCUUAUGGUAAUAACGAAUCAUUUAGAUCAUUUACUGAUCCUUUACCAUUCAAACCAAUGAUCAAUGAUUUAAUUAAGUUGUUCAUUGAUCAUGAUAUUGAAUAUUUAGUUUGUCCUUAUGAUACUUCAUUUCAAUUAUCUUACUUAUAUCAAGUGGGAUUAAUUGAUUCUAUUUAUGGAUCAACUGAUUUGUUAUUAACAAAAAUUGAAAAAUUCAUCCUUGGUAUGGAAUUUCAAUCAAAAGAUUUUAGAUUCAUUGAAAAGGUAAAAGUUUUGAAAGAAUUAAAUUUAACUGACAGACAAUUAUUAGAUUUAAGUAUAAUGGUAGGGUGUAAUUUACAACCAACAACAUUCCCAAAUUUACCUCCUUUACCAAAACCAAGUGCAGCUCAACCAUAUCCUCAAUUAAGUCAUUUUAAAGUUGCAUUAGAUAUUUUAUAUCAGUAUAUUAAUAUGAAUGGGAAUCCACGAAGUGAUUUAUAUGGAUUCAUCUAUAAUUUAAAUGAUGAAAGAUGUACGGAAUUAUAUCAAAAGGGAUUCUCAUCAUUUAAAUUUAUUCCAAUCUUAAAUAAAGAAGGUUAUGUUGUUAUGUAUGGUACUGAGAUUCAAAAAUUAGGAUUAAUUUCCAAUGAUGAUAUUUAUACUUUUGAAAUUGAUGAAAAGAAAAAUGAAGGGGAAAAGAACGGUAACGGUGAAAAGAAUGGUCAUGAUAAACAAAAUAAAAUUAUUCAAAUACCUAACGAUGUUCAUGAUAUAAUUUCUCAAAGAUUACCACCGGAAUUUUGUUUCUACCUUUCUAAUGGUUUAGCUCCUAUUGAAUUAUUAGAAGCUAUAACUCAAGGAAAAUUGAAUAUCAGACCAACUUUAGAGGCAGCAUUAAGUGAUAGUUAUAAGAAAUUAAUCAAUUCUAAAGAAUACAUUGAUAAUUUGGAUUCUUUAUUCAAUUUAUUAACCCAAUUAUUAGCCAGAUAUUAUCAAGUUAAGAAAAUUAAAGUCAAUUAUUGGUAUAAAGAUGAAACAUUGGAAUUAAAUAACAGAAUGAACCCUAACAUGAAUCAACAAUUAAAACAUUUAAUCAUGAAAACUGAUAAACCUGAUUUUAAAUUGACUGACUUUUUCAUUAAUUUGAAUGAUUCUUUUAAAGAAACUAAAGACAUUAAACUCACCAGUAAUAACGAUGUGAUAUCAACUGGGUUAUUAAGAUCCUUUUAUUUAAUAGGAUUAAUUGACAAAAAGACCAAUCAAUUAACUUCUUAUGGUAAAGGAUUAAAGACUUUUAUCACUAAACAUAAAACCAGUAAUGACAUUUUCCAACAAUUGAUCUUAUUAUUAUUGUUGAUUAAAUCAGAUGUAUUGAAAUUAAAUGAACCUAAUAGAGAAUUUAGUUCAGUAGCUAGACAUUUUAAAGAUGUUUCUUCAAGUACUGUUGAUCAAGAAGAUUUAAAACAUAUUACUUUGGUUUCAAGAAUAUUUUCAAUUCAUAAAAUUAACAUUGCUCCUAUUAAUUAUCAAGGACCUAUUUCAAGAAAUUUACUUAAUUUCAGAUCACAUUUAAAAUUCAUUUCCAAAAACUUGAUUUAUACUUUACAAAGUUGUUUAAUUGAUUUAAUUGUUCGUCAAGAGAAUAAUAAUCUUAAAGUUGAUCUUAAAUCUAAGAAUGAUUGGAAUAAAUUCAUUGGUCAAAUACCUUUUUUCAAAGACAUUAAUAAUACUUUAUUAGGUGUAAUUGCCGAAAUUUAUUUCGAAUAUAGUUUAAAACAAAAGAAAUUGAAUAAGGAUUUAUCCAAAGAACAAAUUAUUGAAAAUACUCAAGAUCAAUUACUUAAUUCAGUUUAUCAAAUCAAUAAUACCGUAUUUAACAUCAAUGUCCAUGGAGUUAAUAGUAUUACUGCCAGUCAAUUGUUAGCAGAUUUCCAAAAAGGUGUUGAGUUCUGGAACUUAUUCAUUGAUUUCGUUAAAGUAUUCAAUGAAACUGAUAAAUCUAUAAUAAGUGAUGAUUAUCUUAAAUCAAUAUUAGAAACUGAUGAAUGGAUGAAACAAUUUGUUUAA